GGAACAAACUGCUGCAGCAUUUAGCCUACCAGAGUUUUCCCGACUUCCCUUCCAUACAUGCUUCUGUUUCCCCGAUCCUCCGUCUCCGGGACUACCUCUGUUACUGGAGUCACAAUCCGCUGCGUCUUACUCAUAUAAUAGUAGAGGAGUGGUGGUUUACCCUCCCCUCUUGUGACUGUGAUCUCUGGUGCUGGGUUGUUGACGCGGUAACUGGCUUGCGUAUGCACCCAACAACCACUUAAACCAGCCUGCCUUACGCACCUUUUCAUCCAUACAUAUUCCAUCCUCACCACGAACCACAACCCACACGCAACGAGCACACAACCUUCACGUAAGGCAAACUUUGGCUGCUGCUGUAGCUAUCAUGUCGCAGGCACAGGACAUCUCCGGGGCACUUAAGACGGAGUUACAUCAUCGUCUCGAGGUGUCGACUUCGCCGUCAGCCGUGCAGUUCUACUCUCCUCCGUCGAGCUUCGGCGGAGGACCCCGACGCGGGCAGCCUAAGCAUCUCAAGCCAUUCAACACCCAGGACAUCAAGAUCCUCCUGCUGGAGAAUGUCAAUCAGAGCGGCCGAGACGUCUUGACCAGCCAGGGCUACCAGGUCGAGUUUCUCAAGGCCUCACUGCCCGAAGACCAGCUGAUUGAGAAGAUUCGAGACGUCCACGUCAUCGGCAUUCGUUCCAAGACCAAGUUGAACCAGAAGGUGCUGAGCGAGGCCAAGAAUCUGCUGGUCAUUGGUUGCUUUUGUAUUGGCACCAACCAAGUCGACCUGGAAUUCGCGGCCCACCACGGCAUUGCCGUCUUCAACUCGCCCUUCGCCAACUCUCGCAGCGUGGCCGAGCUUGUCAUCGCAGAGAUCAUCACGUUGGCCCGCCAGCUCGGCGACCGAUCCCACGAGAUGCGGAGGGGCACCUGGAACAAGGUGAGCAGCAAGUGCUGGGAGAUUCGCGGCAAGACCCUCGGCAUCAUUGGCUAUGGCCACAUCGGCUCGCAGUUAUCCGUGCUGGCGGAAGCCAUGGGCAUGACGGUCAAGUAUUAUGACGUUCAAAGCCUGAUGGCACUGGGUACUGCUAGGCAGGUGCCGACUCUCGAGGCCCUGCUGAGCGAAGCUGACUUCGUGACUCUGCACGUCCCGGAGCUGCCCGAGACCAAGAACAUGAUUUCGGCUACACAGCUGAAGCAGAUGAAAGAUGGCUCUUAUCUUAUCAAUGCCAGCCGCGGAACCGUGGUUGACAUCCCGGCCCUCGUCAAUGCGAUGCGCAUUGGCAAGAUUGCCGGGGCUGCUUUGGACGUCUAUCCGGCCGAGCCGCGUGCCAAUGGCGACUAUUUCAACAACGGUCUGAAUGGCUGGGAGGAGGACCUCCGCAGCCUGCCUAACAUCAUCCUCACUCCCCACAUCGGCGGCAGCACCGAGGAGGCCCAGAGAGCCAUUGGUAUCGAAGUUGGCGAUGCUCUGGUCCGAUACAUCAACCAGGGUAUCAGCCUGGGCAGUGUCAAUAUGCCCGAGGUCAACCUGCGUUCGCUGACGCUCGAGGAACCCGACCACGCAAGGGUCAUCUACAUCCACAAGAACGUACCCGGUGUUCUUCGCAAAGUCAACGAAAUCCUUGGCAACCACAAUGUCGACAAGCAGAUAAGUGAUAGUAGAGGCGAUCUUGCGUAUCUCAUGGCGGACGUUAGUGACGUCCAGACUAGUGACCUUAAGGAGAUCUCCGAUGCACUCGAAGCUCUUAGCUCCCGCAUCAUGACGCGCAUUCUCUACUAGUGUCUAGGAGCUGGAGUGACGGGCAGAAAGCAAUCCCCGAUGAAUGAUGUGUACUAGAAGAAGGGGAAAAAAAAAACUUCAACCUCUGGUCCGGAAGGAUGUUUAGGGAAAUAGCAUGCGAGUAUGGUUAGAAAAAAAAAGGGAGGGCAUGAUUUCAACAUGAAGGACCUAGGGUAUACAUAUAUAUAUCUAUGUAUAUAGGGCGUACGUAGUACCUACAUGCGGUUGGUAAGAUGGAUUUUAACAAGGUCGAUUUGCUCAA